GACCACGGCUGAUUCGAAGGUGAAUUGGAAAUCCCGAACAAGGAGGAAAAAAGUGUCGCAGAAUGCUACAGAAUACUAUUUUAGCAAAAAUCUUUAUUCUGACUUUAACUGCAUUAUAUCAUGUAUAUGGAGGAGAUUAUGAGAUUCAAUUGGAAGAGGCUGCAGUAGUGCAUCUAAGUAACACAUCCUUUAAAAAGAUAUUUGUUCACAUUGAACCAUACAAAUAUCGAUAUGUUAUGGUUCAGGUAAUCUCACAGCAAAAGAGUGUCUCACUAUCCUACACAGACAAACUGGCAUAUCAAAGUCAUCUAAAUUCAUCGUCUGCUGGCCUAGUUUAUAUGUUACAUAAUGGGAGAGCAAAUUUAACUUCAUAUAUUGCAUCAGUUGAAGGGUACACAACAGCCCAAGUUCUUGCAGUCCCAUUCUCACCAAAAGAUCCAAUGCCAGGUGGUUGCUGCAUUACUUGUGCUUUUGACAAUGAUCCUAACAUUUAUACGAAGAAGGAAUCACUAAAAGUUCAACUGGAUUUUGGAAGAGGCAAUGUCUUUUUUGACCCUGGUGAGCUUCCUGAUGUUUGUGAUGGGGAUGGAUUCAAAACAUUCAACCAACUUGUAUAUGAUCUGUACUUUUAUCAACUGAGAGAAAAUGACCUUACUGAAGAGGGUCUAUUCAAUGCAGUCUGGAGAAUGUCAUCACCAGUAAACAUAAAGAAGUAUGGUAAAAUGGUUACCACCAUUGAGAAGGCACAGAGAACAAAUUUUGUGCUACAAUCAAUAGCAUAUCAUGGAGUUGUAUACAACAUAUUAAUCAGAGAUAUACAGAUGAAAACUGAGGCUUGUUACAUGCCAACAUUUGCAUAUGGUUGUGAUAUUACAGAUAAAUCCACAUGCAAAUCUUUUGGCUCUGUGACAACCAUAGUCUUUGUCAGCCUUUCUGGUCUUAUAGGGCUAAUCCUUUGCUUUUCUGGACACAAGUUUGUCAUAGCUGAGUUACUCUUUGGUGGUUUGCUUUCUGGCUUCCUGAUCUCAUACAUUCUGAUCCUGAGGUUUGCAAGCAUCGGUUACACUUCUCAUAUGUUAGCAUCGUCUGCUGCUGGUUUUGCAUUUGGUGUUUUCAUUGUGGCACUUUAUAUGGAGACAAGCUUGUUCCGUGCUGUUUUCCUGAAUAACAGUUUGUUAGUUGGCUUUCUGGUUGCCUGUUCUGUUCUCUUCUCACCCGUUGGUGAUCUGAAACCAUUCUCCAGUAAUACAGUGUUUCUAUUGACGUUUGUCUCCAUAAUGCUAGCCUGUCCGAUUCCACAAAUAUUCUUUCCGAAAGUGAUCAGCAUUUUGUUUUCUUCGUUAAUUGGUGGAUAUGUCGUUGUAGUGGCUUGCAGCGUUUUCCUGCAUGCCAACAUUCAAUACAUCGUGGUUGAGUUUGUUUUACGUGCUGGAAUCCCCUCGUUUGCCGAUGCGUACCUCAGAGUCCCCUUUGAUACCAAUGAAUAUAUUCUUUGUGGUGUUUGGGGCUUCCUUUUGAUCUCUGGAGCAGCUUGUCAGGUUUACAUCACAAGAAACGACCCGUUUCCUCCUCCUUGGAAGAGAAGCAGGCGUUCAAAUGGAAGGUUUUCAUCCUUUUUAAGACGGCGCGGUAGGACGAACGGACGGUUGUUUGACGAGCGGACACCGCUUCUGCAGAAUGAAAGUGUUGAGCAAACUUAUGGGACUGAAACGAAGAUGACGCCGAGAAGACAAUCGCCGUCUGUAAAUGUCGUCUUGUAACAUUCAACAGAUACUUGUAGCCUUCAACUUGAUCCUUUCUACCGGCUGGUCUGCUUUUAAAGCAUUCGUUUUUUACUUUUAGGUAUUCAUUAGCUAUAAUUUGAUAGAGAAACUAAAAGCAGAGAUAAAUAGUUGUGUCUGAAGGCAGGCCAUGUUGCUUCCAUAUGGUGCUUUCAGUAGUUUGGUGAGACCUGCCUAUAUCUUUAAGUCACUCUACUAUGCUGUGAUAAUAGGGCGAUGAAAGAAGGUGAAUAGCAACUGGUGUAGAUGUCAUUAGCAUCAUCAUCAUCAUCAUCACCAUUAGCAUCAUCAUCAUCAUCAUCAUCAUUUCAUCAUUAAUUUUCAUCAUGAAAACAAACAAUUACUUCACUCCAUGUUAUAGCAUGUUAUACAAGCUCUUUACAUCAACUAGUGACAAUUUAAAGUUUCAAAAUCAAGAUAGAGUAAACCUGGACAAAACCUACACUGCAACACGACAUUUAAAGAAAAUUUUAGUCAUUUGUUCUAUAGUCACAACCGCGAUGCAUGCCUAUGACCUUAUGCAAGUCAGCACGAGUGCCUUGGCCUGAUAUGGCUGACCUACCAUAGCCAUGCCUGUACUUCACGGCCUAUUGUCCCUCAGUAUCAAAGUACUUCAAGUAUCAAAGUUAAGGAUCCAUCGAUACCCAUUUUUUAUCAAGUAAAUUCUGAGGUGGAUUUGCGUGACUUUAAUUUCUUUAUGAAUUCAAAUGACUGGUAACCCUUUGUUAAACAGCAAAGCACCACAGGUCAUCCCACCAUGAAUCAGUACGGAAAUUACCUUUGUAAUACAAGAAUAAACUACUUUGGAAAACGAACGACUUUUCAACACAUUUUCAUGGGAUAUUUAAUUUAAUUUUGUUUUAUUUUUAUAAAGUUUAUUUAAUUUCUUUUUGUAUACAUCCCUAGAUAUUUGAAGAAUUCUGUUAUGUUACAGUUUUUCACUAAACAGCAUUAAUUCUACAUCUUGCCAAUUCUGUAUAGAAUACAUAUCAAUUUUUCUUUGUAGUAAAUUUUCGACAGUUGUCCCUGUACUCUAAAAUAAUUUAGAUACUGUUAAUAUGUGAUUUGAAUGUGACGUAUUUAUAGAAAUUGGUUGUUUUGUAUGAACAAGAAAUUGUAUUUCUUA